AUGACUGCCGCGGAGUCGUACUCUUUCGCCAUGGUGCGCGGGGACGUGUUUGGACGCGGGCCGGCGAACGCCGCAAGACGGCCGUAUGUGCCGAAAGGGUCGCGCGUGCACCUGAGCGUCACCGCGGCGACGACAUCCGUCCCGUUGGGGGCGUCGCAGCAGCUCGGCGUUCCACGGCGGCUGAGGAAAGGGAGAUGCGGCGAUGGCGAGGGCGGCGAGGACGAUGGGGCGCGCGGAGACACAGCGGCGCCCGACAACGAAGGCCCUGUGCCGGUGGCGUUGAUGGGGCUUAUCUCGACGGACUCCUCGGCGGGCACGCGCCUCGUACGCCGCACCGCGGUGGGGGGGAACGACGGCGGCGGCAGCUUUUGGGACUCCGACGCCGUGCCGUCCGGCCAACGGAUUGGCUGCAUUCAACUCGCCCCGGAGAGUCGUGCGGAGAUGCUCCAGUUCAGUCCUCAUGCGGCCGUGUUUCCCUCGCCGCGGUUGUACGUGGCGGACACGAUAGGGAAUGUUUACUACGCCACACUCCCCGCCACAUCCCUGGCGGAGAUUAGCGAUGAGCCACCGAAGAAGCGGCCGCGCAGAGGGACCGACACUGACGACGCCUUCUGGAGAACUGUUGCCUCCGCGACAACAUCUGAGGGCGGGGUGACGUACGGGGCCCCUGGAUGGUGUGGGCUGCUGCCGUUUUCCUCCGGGCAACUUGUCUGCUGUCGAGAAUUCUUCUUUGACCUUCGUCUUGUUGACGUGCCGGCUGGAACUGUAGUGCGGCAAUACGGUACAAUACACCCAGCCACCGGUGUCACGGCCUGCUCUGGAGUACCUCACGGCGCUGUGGUGGCGGAGGGGCCGGUGGCCACGCUCUACGACAUGCGCUGCCCCGGCGCUGCCCUCACACUGAGCCCCGACAGCACGCGGGAGGUUCCACUUGUCACCAGCCGCUUAACGAGUCCUGCGUCGUACGUAGCGGAUGUGUGUGCCACAUGCAACGACUACGAAGUGGCUGUGGCGGUGGGGCGCUCGCUUUGCGUGCAUGACGUGCGCAAGUGGAGCCGUGUGAGUGUUAGCACGAAUACCCUGAAGUACGAAAUCGCCUCCAUCGCCGCGUUCGCCUCGGGCAAGGCCGUGGUUGUCGCCGGGAUCGACGCCGAGGUGCGGAUCGUGCCACUGCAGAAAACCCCUCCCGCCGCUGCUGCGCCGGCGAGGGCGGCGGGCAACGGACUGCCGCGGAAGGAGGAGGAUGCGGCGGCGGCGUCGCCCGCGUCGUUUAGGAACCGCCUCGACUCGGCGGUGUGCUGCAGAAGCACGUGGAACGGCGGGUGGGUGGCGGGCCUUGACGGGGUCUCCGCCACGGGGGUGUCGGCGGACCAUGAGGUGUUCGUUGCCUUUUAG